AUCAUGUGGCUGGUCCCGGAGAGAAAUGUGGGCGUCUUCAUCGCCACCAACGGUCAGAAACAUUCGGACAUGCCUGUGGCCACCAUGCAGGCUCUCGCCUACUACGCCACCGACCUCUUGCUGGGACUCGAACCCUGGAUCAACAAGACCGCUCUCUGCACGUUCCCCUCGCCCUGGGCUGAACCCCUGGAAUUUCCUGAUGUCCAAUUCUCCCCCAAAACCAGCGACUUCGCGCUCACAGACUACCACGGCACGUACUCCAGCCCCCUGCUGGGCGUUCUCCAUAUAAGGAAGUCAGACACCGGCGCCAACAGCCUGUCCUUCUCAAUGGCUGACGUCAAGGGCGAGCUACUUCCGGAAGGAGGGAACGUCUUCCGGUUGUUCUUGAGCGGCCGCCACCGAUACAUGACCAGUCCCAAGGAGGGGAAACACCCGAUCCCUUUUGCCAGACUUUUCUUUGAGUUCAAGGGUCCUGAGUGUGUCGGGGUCAAAGUUCCUGAUUCUAUAUUUGGAGGGGCCCCUGUCGAUUUUACCAAAAUUCCUGACGCAAAGGAAGAGUUGUGAAUGAAAAAUAUUACAAAGGAAAACAUCGAGGAGUGAAUGACUGAAGACAUCAUCUCAUCAAACUGCAACAUUGUCUCGCAAUAUUAUUAUCAUUUUAAUGUUUGGUCGCUUUUAAA